UGCGUGUGCAACGUCAACACUGGGCAACUCGAAGCAAGCUCGAAGCGGAGGUUGUUCCAAUACAGCCGGUACAUUACUAUUAUUUAUUUACAAUGAACGCGUGGAUGCAAUACUUCAAAUCCAUUCCUGUGCAUAUGGAUUACGAGGGCCAGGCACGAGCAGAAAAUUUGUCCUGGGUCAUCAUAACGCUUUUUGGAGUGGUCGGAUUCAUAUGGGGAUACGCGAUACAGCAAUUCUCGCAAACGAUUUACAUCAUCGGUGCUGGAUUUCUAAUGGCUGCCGUAAUCACGUUACCAGCCUGGCCCAUGUACCGCCGUAAACCUUUGGACUGGCAGAAACCACAGUGUCAACACUGCGACGUCAACGUUAAAGCAGAAACCAAUGCUUUGUCGAAAUCGAAGAAAAAGAAGUAGUCGGUUGCCUACUAUCGUCCUAUUUAAAAAUGUUACGUAAGAAUACUUGUUCGUGUAAGGAAAGAAACGAUGCUGUUGGAGCGAUCUCGCAUUUAAAAGCAUGUAUCCCCCGUGGCCGUUGAAACCACUGUAUGUAUUUGAUUGCUCCGAAUUUGUAUAACGACAGCGAAUGAAAAUGAAGCGGUUCGAGGAAUACGUGUAAUAAGCAUUAAACGCAUUUCAAUACUUGGAAGGAAAAGUGUGAUUUUGUUAACCGUGGUUUGCUAUGUUCGACGUAUCGUCGUAACGUUGCAAACCGUUGCAACGCGACGAUUUCGACUCUCCCAUUCGGAUUCGAUAGCAUUGCAGAACGCGAUAGAAACGCGUUUGUUUUCUAACAGGUGUCGACAUUGAUCGGUCUCGUCAACAUUUGAAAAAAGUAAAGCGUAAGUAAGUAUCCGAUCGGUGACACGAUCUUUGGCACGAACCAUAAUGGAAACGUCGUCUGCAACCUCUUCCUACGGUUCGCGAAAGAGAAGGGGGGAUAGGGAACGUGGAGGAAUUUCAAGUAGAAAACUUUUCGUAUCAAUUAUUUCUAUAACGUGUGUGUGCGCGCGUGCGUGCGUGCGUGUACGUUCGAGCAUAAUGUAAUAUCUCUGGUCCGAAUAAAAUAAUCUCCCUUUACGAAUAGAGAAA